GGUUCAGUGCCCACUUCCGGGGUGAUGUUGCUGAGUCGACUCCUACCACUGGGACCCUCUCGCCAGAUGGGGGGAGCGGGGCCGGCCCAUAUGCCCCUCUUCCCAGUAAGUGUUUCUGUUGCCUUUUUUCUGCAACCCUUCUCGUUUUUACUAAUCUUUCUGCUCGUGUGGAAUGUACCACAUGCUUCAGUAACACAACAAGUAUGUAUACUUGUGCAAAAAGAACAAACUUUGGAUCUCAGUCAGAAACCGAUACAAGUAUCUGAGGGCUUCAGUGCAUUUGAGGUUUCAUCCCAGGUGUGUCUUAAUUCAAUGGCAGACUGCUACGUAGUAUAGUACUAUUUAUUUUCUCAUGGGGUUUUGAACAUUUUUUUCUCACUGGUUCCUGUUUCAGUCUCUCAGUUUCAAUAUGCAAGUAGCUGCUGUGGUGCUAGUUGCUCUGGUGUUUUGGUUUGGCUUUGCUUUAAGAUUUUUAUUUUAGUGCACAUGCUGUUAGAGAAGACAAGGUCAAAGAAGUGCACCGUGUACUUGGAGCCGAAGAAGGUGAUGUUUUGGGCACCAGAAAGACUCCAGUGAGAUUUGGAGUGCUGAAGAGAUAGUGGAAAGAAGACUUGCUGUUUCCAUUCCAUGGAUCCCUUGGGUGCUCCUUCCCAAUUUGUGGAUAUUGAUUCUCUGCCAGCCUGGAAUGACUACUGUGAGGCAGACCAACUGGACUCCCACAAAACUCAAGUUGAAAAACCCCAACUUGAAGCUAGAUCACCUUUUCCAUACAGGAAAGACAUCAAUGCAAAAAUAAUAUUGUGGAAAGGAAAUGUAGCAUUACUGAACUGCACAGCCAUAGUAAACACCAGCAAUGAAUCUCUCACAGAUAAGAAUCCGGUAUCUGAGAGCAUCUUCAUGCAUGCUGGUCCAGACCUGAGGGAUGAACUCCAGAAACUCAAAGGAUGCCGGACGGGGGAGGCAAAACUGACAAAAGGAUUUAACCUGGCUGCACGAUUCAUUAUUCACACUGUGGGACCCAAAUACAAGAGCAGAUAUCGCACAGCAGCCGAGAGCUCCCUGUAUAGCUGCUACCGCAAUGUCCUGCAGCUUGCAAAGGAGCAGGCAAUGUCCUCAGUGGGAUUCUGUGUCAUAAACUCUGUGAAAAGAGGCUACCCUUUGGAGGAUGCAACCCACAUAGCACUGCGCACAGUCAGAAGGUUCCUGGAGAUUCAUGGGGAAACCCUGGAGAAGGUGGUGUUUGCAGUCUCUGAGAUUGAACAGGCCACUUACCAGAAGCUGCUGCCUCUGUAUUUUCCAAGGUCAUUGGAAGAAGAAUGUCAUUCCUUACCAUGCCUUCCUGCAGAUAUUGGCAAUUCAGAAGGGGAGCCAGUAGUACCAGAGCGACAGAUCAGGAUCAGUGAAAAACCAGGUGCUCCAGAUGAUAACUCGGAUGAGGAGGGGCUGGAAGCAGAUAUUUCAUUCAUUGGUUCCCAUGCAUUUGCCCGCAUGGAGGGAGAUGUUGAUAAGCAGAGGCGCCUCAUCCUUCAGGGACAGUUGUCGGAGGCAGCACUGCAGAAGCAGCAUCAGAGAAAUUACAAUCGCUGGCUGUGUCAGGCAAGAGCUGAAGACCUAUCCGACGUUGCUUCUCUCAAAGCCUUGUAUCAGACAGGUGUGGAUAAUUGUGGUCGCACAGUGAUGGUGGUAGUUGGAAGGAAUAUUCCUGUAACUCUGAUAGACAUGGAAAAGGCACUCUUGUACUUUAUCCAUGUCAUGGACCAUAUUGCAGUGAAGGAGUAUGUCAUAGUAUACUUCCACACGCUCACUAGCGAUUACAAUCACCUGGACUCCGACUUCCUGAAGAAAUUGUAUGACAUCGUCGACAUCAAGUACAAGAGAAACUUGAAGGCAGUGUACUUCGUCCACCCAACAUUUCGCUCAAAGGUCUCAACGUGGUUUUUCACAACCUUUACCGUCUCAGGGCUAAAGGACAAAAUCCACUAUGUGGAAAACCUUCAGCAAUUGUUCACAGCCAUACCCCCAGAACAGAUUGACUUCCCCCCUUUUGUCCUUGAAUAUGAUGCCAGGGAAAAUGGGCCUUACUAUUCUUCUUACCCCUCAUCUCCUGACCUGUGAUCUGCAGCCCUGCAAUACUGCUGGUUUCCCAUGGAGCCGAUGACCUGAUGCCUGCCGAUCCCAUGUGCAUUUGUCCAUGUACAGAAUUCAGAGAAAGGGUUUUGCCCCCAGCUCUGAUAUUUUUUUACUGAUGAGAUAUUUUCAAGCACACAAGCAAUCGGAGAACUUUAUGCCACUGUGAACUGUAUUACUAUUUCAGAUCUAUUUAUCCAAAGGAAAAGUUGAUUUCAGGAUCACUUGGUGGAUUUUAUUUUCUUCUUUUGGAAGGUAUUGAGUUUUAUGCCUGAAUCGACUUUUUUGCUCUCCCGGAAAACCAUUAGAGAUACUUUAAUCAUGUUUUUACUUAAUAUUGUCUGGUUCCAGCUCCAUUUAGAAUACCCUGUUUUACAAAUGAUCUACAGCAACAGCCUGAUACUGUUGCUCAUCUUAUGGUCUAUGCUUCAGUUCCAAUUAUUUUUCCCUUCUCUUAGUGCUGAUUGUUCUAGUGAUGACCUUGCAAAAGUAGCUGGAAUCAGGAAUAUCACAGUCAUGGAGUGAGCAAAGCACUAUGCCAAGCGAACUCUGUGGCGGUGUUUAGUACCAGAAAUGGUCUAGUUCCUGUUUGUUUUCCCUGGAAGAUGUGAUAAGUUGGGAUGCCAUUGCUCUCCCAUUAAGAAUAAAAUUGAAAAAUAUGUCUGCAUCUCUCCUGUAAUUCUAGGUAGUUGUGGUCUCUCAUCUUUCAAACAGACACGUGCAUAAAUGUUGUAAAUAAAUGCCACCUGCUUGACAUUGCAGCCAGCACCCUAAUUACUCUUGUAUGUAUUAAAAGAUUCAGUGAUGCAGCUUCUAUUUUCUUGAAAAUAAUCAGGCUCUGGGAAAAGACUCUAUACUCCCUCUCACAGUGUAACAGGGACACUAUCAACUAGCUCUGAGAGCUCUGGCAAGUAAAGCUUUAAACGUUGAUUUCCCAGGGGCAUAAGAUUGGAGUCCAGCAUAGCGCGCACAAUCCAUGAAACAGUUACAGAAGUGGGGGGAGAUGCUGUCUCAUUAAAUACAGCUGCAGUGGCACCUUCCAAAUCACUGCACACUGUGACAGAGUCCCUGCUGAUGUAGUUUGUGCACAAAAAUUUGUUUUGGGAGACUGUGUGGUUCUCUAUUCCCUUUUAAGUACCUUCCUUGCACCAGUGAAUAGAGGAAAGAAGCCUAAUUGUAACUGUUCCCAGGCAAAAACCAUUUUGUAUAUUAAAAACAGAUUCCUCUUCCUGUC